AUGGGAAUUGUCCAUCUUACCCGCGCCCGCCGGCUGAGCAUCAUCAUUGCCAUAUCCUUCACAUUCUUCCUAGCCGAGAUUUCAGUUGGUUUCUAUACGCGGUCUUUAGCUCUGGUUGCUGAUGCCUUCCAUUAUCUAAAUGACCUUAUCGGCUUUGUCGUUGCUCUGGCGGCCUUGAAGGUCUCCGAGAAGCCAGGAGUAACCCCAAGCAACCUCACCUUUGGCUGGCAGCGCUCGCAGCUCCUGGGCGCAUUUUUCAAUGGCGUCUUCCUGCUGGCUCUAGGCGUGAGCAUUCUGCUUCAGUCCAUCGAGAGGUUCAUAUCUCUAGAGAAAGUUGAUAAACCGGAACUGGUCCUUAUUAUUGGUUGCGUCGGUCUCACCCUGAAUAUUAUUAGCGCCUCCUUUCUUCACGAGCACGACCACAGCCAUGGUAAUGCCGAUGUCGCCAACGUUGAAUCAGAUGCAGAGAAUGACCGGACCGCCAUAGCAAUGGAACUCGAAGAUGUCGAGACCACCCACGAAAACCAUCGACACACCACCAACUCAUUCUCCGUAAAACAUUCACACGAUUUGGGCGUCAUGGGCGUGCUUCUCCACGUAAUUGGGGAUGCUGUCAACAAUGUUGGCGUCAUUAUUGCCGCAGUGGUUAUUUGGAAAGCUAAAUAUGAAGGGAGAUACUAUGCAGAUCCCGGAGUCAGUGUUGGAAUUGGACUGCUGAUCCUAGCAUCUGCCAUUCCGCUUGUCAAAAACAGCGGCUCCAUACUCCUCGAAAGCGUCCCGCUUGGAGUUAGUCUAGACGAUGUGCAACACGAUCUGGAAAACAUCCCCGGCGUUCUUUCCGUCCACGAACUCCACGCUUGGCGCCUAAACCAAAACAAAGCCAUCGCCUCUGCGCAUGUCGUCACCUCCGAUUCCUCCCUGGCAAACUUCAUGGCCCGCGCCCAGCGCAUCAGCGAAUGCCUCCAUGCCUAUGGAAUACACUCAAUUACGCUGCAGCCGGAGCUUGUGUCUCAUGGGGUAGCCGUGGCUGGUGGUGAUGUCACUGUUUCAGAGACGGAUAUGAGGCGCAGCUAUUCGGAGGAGUCCGAGGAGGGGUUGCAGCUGAGAAACCGGACAUGCAAGAUUGUUUGUAAGAGCGGGUGUGAGGCGCUUACCUGUUGUGGCUAG